AUGACGGGUCACGAGGAUUUUGUAGCAACCUUAGAAUCCUUAAAGGAGUUAAAAUCUGGUAUCUCCGGUUCUAGAAUUAAAAAGCUGACGACUUACGCUUUAGAAAAUGUAAAUGCAGAAGAGUACUUGAUUGACAAAAUAAUAAAUUACUCACGUACGUGUCCUGCGACACAUAAACUAGGUUCUCUAUAUGUCAUCGAUUCGAUCGGGAGAGCCUUCUUGAACAAGUGCAAGGAUUUAAACCAGUCAAUGAAGUCGAGCGCGCAAGCUGGGACCUACGGACACGCCUUGUUCACGUUGGGUGAAAACAUACAAACUUUACUUAGUGACGGUGUCGAAAAGAGUAGUGCCGAAAACAGAGACAAGAUCAAAGAUUUGGUCGAUAUCUGGGACAAGGCUGACCUCUUCCAGAAAGGAGUUUUGAAUGCUGUCAGAGGUGUAUGGUUUGCUCUGAAGGAUACCGGGAAGUCUUCUAGUUCACAAGCUUCCGAUCCCAAGGAAAGAGCAAUACAAAUCUUGAGUAACCUAAAACCAAUGGAAUCUAUUCCAGCUAGCAUUUCAGUGCCCGCAGAUUUAGGUUCCAAUGAGCUUGCGCUACAACAAGCCGCCUUAAUGCAGUUGUUGGCUUCUUUGCAGUCGCAACUGGCAGAGCCGGCCGGGGUACCGUCGACAAAGUCACGGGCUGCGCAGGAACACCGAACGCAACAAACACAGCGUCAGCCACUUGAACCACAACGUCAUCAGUAUCAGCAGCAGCAACAUCAGCGCCAUGAGCCAACGCAGUAUAUCGGUAGGUCUGCAAGGAGCAACAAAAGAUCGGACGGACACACUGAGAGAUCCAGAUCAAAAUCUCCUAAACGGCAUGAAAAGAAGGGCAAUCAAAGCAGUAAUAACGCCAACAAUAAUACUCAUAAUAAUAAUAAUAAUACUAGCGGCAACAGCUCCACGAAUAAUAACCACCACUUGUAUCCAGAAGAACGAAAUGUCCCCACAAAUCCCCACUUCCGGCCUAGGCAUGUCUCAUUUGAUCCCAGUAUGCCCGCUGAUCAUAUUAAAGUUUAUUCGAGAACUCUAUUUGUUGGUGGUGUCCCAAACACCAUGAAAGAGCAUGAUAUCGCUAAAAUACUCGGCAAAUUUGGCGAGGUUCAAAGCGUUAUCUUGAAUAAUUCACGGAAGCACGCUUUUGUUAAGAUAUACUCGAGGCAAGAAGCUGACAGCAUUCUUCUGAACUUCAACAAGGAUGAAUCAUCACCGUUAAGGAUACGUUGGGCUGUCGGGUUCGGCCCCAGAGACUGCUGCGACUACCAGCACGGUUCCAGCAUUAUUCCAAUGCACCGAUUGACUGAAGUAGACCGCAAGUGGUCUCUGUGUGCAGAAUGGGGUGGUACCGGUGGCCAGCCACUACAGUCCGGCAUGGUUUUCGAGGAACCAGACAUUAUUGUUGGGGAGGGUGUGUCAUCCAAAGCUAUCUCUCAGAAAAUGCCUACAGAUCGCGGCAAUGGCCCGAAGUCAGGUAAACUGCUGCCAGGGAACACCUUCCGCCCAGCGCAAACCCCCACAUACGAGGCACCGAUUUUUGCCCAGCCUCCUCCGCCUGCUGCAGGCUAUCCACAGAUGUACCAGGGAAUACCACAGCAGAUUCCACAGCAUGGGAUCUACCCGCAACAAACUAUCAUGCCUGUCAUGGCACCCCAGCAUCAGCCGCAAGAUCAUCAUCAGCAGCAGUCUCCCGCGUUUGAUCCAACCGCUCAAUUAAACUCACUAAUGAGCAUGUUGAAUAAACAGCAACAAUAA